ACCCCUCUUUGAAACACUGCUAUUUUUAAACAGGGAUAAGGCACUGAAGGAAUCUCACACCCAGUUGAAGUUCAGUCUGACAUUCACUUCAUAGUAGCUUGUAUUCUGCGUUGAUUUUGCCUCUGCUUCUGCUUUCCUAACUACAGCCACUCCAGUGUGAAUAUGUCCAAGUACUGUGAUCAGGACUUUUACAUAGAGGAGAUUGAUGAAGACAAAAUUUUGGCAGGUCUUUCAGUUGAAGAGCUCCAGCAGCUUCAGAAGGAAAUGGAUGAUAUUGCCCCUGACAAGAUGGUACCAGUGGGACAGAGACAUAAUAAUGCAUCUGUUGAAGCACCAACUCAAGGGGAUGGAAAUGGGGAAUCUGAGGACCAGGAAGACAUUGAUGAAGAUGGGAUUCUGGCAGGUCUCUCUGCUGAAGAGCUCCAACAGCUCCAGAAUGACAUAGAGGUAAUUGCUCCUGAUGAGAGAGUGCCAGUAGGGAUGCGACAGAAGGAUCAGACUGAUAAACCCCCAACAGGUUCAUUUGACCAUAGAUCACUAGUAGACUACCUGUACUGGGAGAGAGAAUCUAAACGUUUGCUGGAAGAAGAAAGAAUCCCUACAACCCUCCUCCCCAGUCAGAAAAAAAAGGAGGAAGAGCUGAAGAAUGCAGUGAAAGAAGCUAAUAAAAAUAUUGAAAUGGAAUAUGUGUAUGAGGACUUAGGGGAAGAUGCUGAGAUAGGGGAUUGUGAAGAGGUGACUCAGGUCAACAUUGAAGAGGUAAAAGACAAACUGGUGGAUGUAGAAGUUGGUGAAUAUGAUCAAAAGCCAAUUAAAACAGAACCUCAAGACAGUAGCAUUGCUGUAUGUGCCAACUCUCAGCCAUCUCCAAAUUCCUCUCUUUCACAAAGAGAUAAAGGGGCUUAUAAAGCUGAAUUGAAUGAUGAACCAAUAAUUGCUCAAAUUAAGCAAAUAGAUCAGAUUCAAUGUACACCUGUUUCCUCAACCUAUGAGAACUGGGUUCCAAAAAAAGAAGAAAGAGUCAUAUCCAAGUUGAAGAUCCCAAAGCUCACACUUGGCGAUGGUUUGAUUAAAAAAACUGCAAGGCCUUCUGGGAAUGAUACCAAUCUGGAAAGCACCCUGGACAAAAUUCGCAAUCAUAACUCCUCUGUCACUGAUAUCAACCUAAACAAUAUUGAAAACAUGCCUAAAGAAAUGCUUUUAGACUUUAUUGAGGCUUUAAAAAAGAACAAGCAUGUAAAGACUUUCAGCAUUGCAAACACAGGUGCAGAUGAAAACGUGGCCUUUUGCCUCGCCAACAUGCUUCGAGAGAACAGGAGCAUCAACACACUUAACAUUGAAUCUAACUUUAUUACUGGAAAAGGUAUCAUUGCGAUUAUGCGCUGUCUACAGUUCAAUGAGACUUUGACAGAACUCCGCUUCCACAAUCAGAGACACAUGCUGGGUCAUCAUGCAGAGAUGGAAGUGGCACGUCUCCUGAAAGCCAACAACACUCUGCUUAAGAUUGGCUACCAUUUUGAGCUUCCUGGGCCCAGGAUGGUGGUGACCAAUUUGCUCACUAGAAACCUUGACAGGCAGCGGCAACAAAGGAAGGAAGAGCAGAGGCUUCAUCAAAUUAAAGAACAAUGUCAGAUUAUAGGGGUGCAUGAGAACCACUUGAACAUGCCAGCAGGUCUGCUGGAGAUGUUAGGAGGAUAUAUUGAUGGAAUGGAAUUUCUGUGUGCUGCCCAGGAUUAUCAGCAUCUUUCACGAUGCUUUCCAGAACCCUAUAUGGUGUCAACACCAUGUCACCAGGUACAUAAAAAUCACCACCCUACACAACAACAUCCAUCUAGUUCAGGCUCAGACCCCAGCAAUAUAUUAAAAGAUGUGAAGCUUAAGAAGACUCCUAAACGUUGUGACCCACUCCUGGAUUUAACUACAAAAGAAGAGAAAGCAGAUGGGAGAGCUAACAUUCAGUUGCGAAGCACUCCCAAGCUAACAAAAACAGCAAGUGAAGGCUUUCUGGAUGACAGGGCCAACCUGAAAGAUGUGAUCAACGCACUGAAACCAGUUCCAAGAAGAAGGCAGCCACCGAAAGUAGAACUAACACCACGUGACCUACUUCUCAAUGAAAUAAAACAGAGCAAUGUGGCCUAUCUAAAAGCGGUACCUCUUCCCAAAGUUUUGGAAUCAGAGGAAACCAGUCUUUUAUGAUGACACCAUGCUUUUAGACAGACUGCUCAUCUGUACCUGUAGCCAUUAUUGGUCGAAGCUUUGAUCACAGUGUGGCCAUUAAUUUGCUAUUAAUAUUACAAUAGUUUCAUGAAACUAUUGUACUCUACUAAACUAUUGUCAGUGUACUCUAACCCUUACAUAAAUGUGUUUACUAAUCUAUUCACUCAGUAUUAGUAUCAUAUAGUAUACUUUUUGCAUUUUGCAAGUAACACUGAAUUUAGAUUUAAACAGUUCUGCAGGAUAAUAUCUAGUCUGCCUCUGUGUUUCAACAAGUUGGAUUUAAAAUAGCUAUGAAAAUGUUAUGAGGUGUAACCUGUGAAAAAAAGUAUUUCUACUUUUGGUUACACAAAUAUUUAUGGAGCUGAUGCUGUAUUUAGAUUUCAGCAAAGCCAGAUGAGAUGCACCAAAUUAAUUACAUACAGAAGUAAGCUUUCUGAUUAGAUACUAUGCCAUACUAUACUAUUUUUCUUUUGUCGUGUGUAGCAGGAAAAGACCUUGUGAUAAUUUACUGUCUUUUAUUAGAAGCCGAUUUAGGUAAUUUUACUAAGACUAUCUCAGAAAUAUUGCAAAGAUAUAAAGUAUAGUGCCACAACAAGAUACAGAAAAAAUAAUCCAUGUUUUUUACCUGUAGGUUUGAUCAUCUUACUGUCUGGAUGCUCCAGUAGGUAUAACAGUUAGUUCAAUGUAGCUAGAGUCCUAACUAGAAACAUAACAUUAACACAUAACCCUUAUCUUAUUCAUACUACUAUGUCUCCCUGUCUGAUUUUACAUUGAUUAUAAAAUACGACUACUAACCUAUAAAGCAAUUAAUGGUCUCACACCACAGUAACUGAACAACUUUUGUUUUUUAUUAUCUGUCACACCUAUUUUUAUCAAAAGGUGCAGGCCCACGCACAUUUUGUGAUAUCUACCAUGGGUAGCAAGUAAGGAGCUUUUUACGAAAUAAAAUAAAUAAAUAAAGGCUUGUUUUAUGGUCUGAUGAAUACAGUUAAGUUAAGCUUGAUACAAAAAAGCACCAUAAGAUCAUAAUCAAAAUCACCAUAAGAACAUCAUACCCACAGUUCAGCAUGCUAGUAGCAGCAUCUUGCUUUAUGACUCCUUUUCUUCAGCCAGUGCUGGUGCUUUUAUCAAGGUGGAGGCAAUAAAUAAAAUUUUAUUUGUAAACCACUCUUAACAAUGGACAUUGUCUCAAUUAGCUUUCAGAAAAGUUUGUUUUAAAUUAAAUUUAUAUUUAUCCCUAAUGAGCAAGCCUGAGGCAAUGGAGGCUAAGAAAAAAUAGCCAUGCUUGUAAUCAUGUGAUAGUUAAAGACACUGUAUAAUAUGUGUAAAGGCGCAGUCAGGGACUCCGGCUAAACUUGUUUGACAGCAUAACUAAAAGGCUAGAGCCAAAAGGUGACACAGACAUGGGGGCUUCCUGGGAUAUAAAGCAUCCAACCACUCCACAGUCAGCAAACCUGAGAAAGAGUGGAUUAGUGUGACAGACUCUAAACAUCCCAGUUCACCAAAUAUUCUAUGUCCAUGAACCCUCCAUUUCUGCUCCUUUAGCUAAGAAAAGCUAUUCAUGAAAAGCUAAACUAAACAAAUGUGUUUUCAGCCUGAGCUAAAACACAGAAUCUGUGUCUGAAUCCCAAACACUAUUGGAAGGCUGUUGAAUAACUUUGGUGAUCUGUAAGAAAAAGUUCUGCCCAUGCUGAAGCCUUUACUACUUGAGGUAUUACCAAAUAGCCUGCACCUUUUGAUCAAAGUAGGCAUGACGAAUCAUAAAAAAACAAAACACAGUCACUGUGGCACGAGAGAUCAUUCAGUAUGUUAUAGGUCAGUAAUAGUAUUUUAUACCAAAUUCGAAAUUUGACUGGGAGCUAAUGCAGAUAAGAUAGGAGUGAUAGCUUCAUAUCUUCUGGUUCUAGUUAGGACUCUAGCUGCUGUGUUCUGCACUACUGGAAAAUCUAGAGAAUAAAGCAUUAUAAUUCACGUGUUGUUACCAACCUAGAGGUAACAAAGCAUGAACUAGUGUUUCUGCAUCAUAUAGUAACAUCAUAUUUCUUAUAUAAGCAAUAUUUCUGAGAUGAAAGAAGGCUAACCUAGGGAUAUUAUCUAUGUGAGCUUCAAAUGAGAAACUGGAGUCAAUAAUGACACAAAGGUAUUUUACGAAAUAGAAAGACCAUCCAGAGUUACUCGGUAAUCAGAAAGCUUACUUCUGGCUGCAUGUGGUCCAGGGAUAAGCAGGAGUUAGUCUAAUACCCUUUACACAUUCUUCAAUUUUAUUAAGCUGGUGUCUCUCAUCUGACAUAGCUGAAACAUAUAGCUGUGUGUCAUCAACAUAACAGUGGAAGAUAAUGCUUAUGAAUCAAGAUGUAGCAUAUGUAAGGAGAAAAGAGGCUGGCCUAAAACAGAACAUUGCAAAACACCAAACAUUACCUUAGAAUUCUUGGAGAAGUCACCAUUAACAUCUACAAAAAGAUUUCGGGACAUAGCCAGUGCUAAGGGAAGAAUUUAUUAUUUUUAUAAGGCUAACUGGUAAUAUGUGUUUAAAGAAACAUCUAGGUAAGGGAUCCAGUAUGUAGGUUGAUAAUUUUGAAGAAGAAAUCAUUGGAAUUUUGUCUCUUGAAGGGGAGUAAAUCAGUCCUGAUUAGAAACAGUAAUAUUAUUUACAGCAUCAUCUAUCAAAUUGUUUGUUAAAUUAAUGGUCUGAAUUUUCUGCCUGAAAAUAUAAAUUCUUCCAUUGAAAUAAUUCAUGCAGUCAUUGCUGCUAAAAAUAUAACGUAUGCGCUUUUCUACAGUGUUUUUAUUCCUAUAUAAUUUUGCUACAGCAUUAGAUGAAAAUUUAGGAAUAUUUUUGUUUUCUUAAAUUAGGGUAGAGAGAUACACUAAUCAGCAUAGCAGCAUAAAGAGAUUGUUGUAGCUCAGAAGGUUCUCUAUCCAUUUCAAUUUAGUUUAAAAUUUUUUUUUUUUUUUUUUAGAUUUAUGUUACAAUUUCCUAAUUUCCUUCAUUGUUUGGAAGCAAUUCAAAAGCUUUGAGAAGUUAGAAUAACUUCUAAGAAAUUUAUUACAAGGGUUAUUAUUAUAAGGGUUACCGAAUAAAUGUCCAUCAUCUAUGUAAAAUUUUAGGAGAAAAAUUUAUUUGGAUUAGUCCCAUUAUGUUCACUUCUAAAGUUUCUAAUGGUUUAAAAAUGUAGGAAAAAUGGCAAGUUCCUAAUCAACUUCCUUUUUGAGAAAAUGCAAAGUCUUUAUUUUACCAGCACUCCUACAAAGGAAUCAAUAGUAACAAGAAUUUUGAUUUGCUGUUAAGCAUUGUAAACAUUGAGCAGGCAUAAGGUCCUUUAGUUUAGCUAAAAUCUAUUCCACAUUUGCUGAUGUAUACCCAACAUUCAAUUUGUCAGCUUUGCCAUCAAAUUCAUUUGCUUUGGAUGUACCAUCCUGUCAAUGAAAAACAACAAUAUAUUAAAAACUACUUUUUUGGGAUAGUCUCACAAUUGUGCAAUUUAAAUUUAAGAAGCAGAUAAAAUACUUUUUUCAAAAAACAUUGUCAUUCAUGUCAUGUAGUUGAUCUUGGCUUCUAUGUCAUUUAAUUGCAGAGAUAUUUUACCACAGUUAAAGCAUUAUUAAGUUAUUAUAUCCUUCCUGGCAGCUGAUCCAAAUCUGGCCAUUUUCCACUAAACCUCUAAGAAAGUAAUUUCUACCACAGAACUGUUACACAUAUAUAUAUUUUUUUUUUUGCACAAUUUUGUGUAAACUUUAGAGACUAUUGUGAGUAACAGCACCAGGACAUUAGCAUUUUAUGAAAUACUUGAAAAACCAGCAAUCACAGAGAUCUUUUUUUUUGGUUCAUUCUGGUGUUUGAUGUGAUAAUUUCCAGAGGUUCCAUGAUUUCUUUAAUUUCAUUGGUGCCACAUGAUUGGAUGAUUAUAUAAACAGUACUGUAUGUGCAGGUGUACAACUGUUCUGAAAAACAGUGAACCUAAAACAUUACAGGUUCAGAUCUAAAAUGUGUAAAAUUACAUUUGUCUCGUUAAAACAAACAGAAAUUAUUAAACAUUAAUGAUAUUUGAAGUUGGACAUCUUGUACAGUCAACAUUUCAGUCUUUGCGUUGUCAGAGUAAUGUCCCACUUGUCCCACUCACUCAGAUUUGCAGUGAAAAGGAUGAGCAGAAAACAAGAAAAUAAUUCAGCCAAAAAAUAAAUAAACAAAUAUCAGUGGUUUCUCUGACCUGAAUUCCUAAGCCACAGCAAUAUCUGAGACAGAGACUAUAUAUAGUAUAUAUCUGAGAUUACAUAUAUAUAUAGUAAUUUUGGAAAAGCUAUGCAAAGGACUUUCCAUUGUUGUUUUAGGUCCACUGGGGUUGGUUAGUUCUCUUUACCAGAACAAAAUUAUAUAUCUUCCAAAUGGUUCUACUGAGAGUUGUCUCCAUUCUCUGUAUUUAUGUUUUAUUACUGACAAAAAGCUUUAAAAGGAUGUCAAGACUAAAUGGGGAUUGUGUAUAACUUUAAGUACUGUACUUGGAAGUAGAGGUCUUCAAGGAUCCACUUAGAUCCGACUCUGCUUUGUAAGUUGGCAGUUAUUCAAGGGGAGUGUAAACAAACAGAACCUGAUGAUUUAGUAGCACUUACUUGCCUGGGCCUCAACGGUAAAAGUAUAAUGAAAUUUAACUUAAAUUGUGAUGGGUUGGCACUCCGUCCAGGGUGUAUCCUGCCUCGAUGCCCGAUGACGCCUGGGAUAGGCACAGGCUCCCCGUGCCCUGAGAAGUUCGGAUAAGCGGUAGAAAAUGAAUGAAUGAUGAAUGAACUUAAAUUGUUUUAAAAAAAUCAUUUUAGAAUAGACAGUAGAGAAUUCUGUAAAUUCUGUGUUCUGUCUGUAAAUUUGCAUUAUGGAACAUUUUCCCAGGUUUGACCAUAUGAUUUUUGAAAGAAUUUUGAAUUUGAAUGUUGAAAGAAUUUUGAAUUUUGAAACUUGAGAACUGAAUGAAUUAUAUCGGUUUAAAAUAUUCCUGUUCAAGUAAAUUGGAAAAAUGUACAAACAAAAUAAAAACAAAAAAUUGUGUAGCAGUAGGGGGGGGGCACGGUGGCUUAGUGGGUAGCACGU